AUGUUUCAGAGUCGGGGCUCUGUCGGGAUUGUAGACAAGCCCUUUAGUCGGCAGGGCAAGCAAGAGGUCGCCCUCAGCAGUUUCUCCUACCUGUUUGGGGAAGUGGUACAGUACUGUCAGAGCCGCGUGUCCAACAUUGGCGAGCUGGAGCGCAAGCUGGAUGAGGUAGGGUACGGCGUGGGACUGCGCCUGCUGGAGGUGCUGUGCUACCGUGAACGCGCGCAGCGCCGCGAGACACGACUGCUCGACAUGCUCAAGUUUGUGCACAGCACACUGUGGAAGUACCUGUUUGGGCGGCAGGCACGCGACCUGGAGCAGAGCAACACAGCCGAGGACGAAUACAUGAUCAGCGACAGCGACCUGUUUGUAACCAAGUAUGUGAGCGUGCCACGGGAGAUGGGCCACUUCAACCCGGCAGCCUUUGUGGCGGGCGUCGUCCGCGGCGUGCUGGAGGGUGCUGGCUUCCCCGCCAGAGUGACGGCACACUAUGUGCCUGUGAAGGACCAGGCACGGCCCAAGACGGUGAUCUUGAUGAAGUUUCAACACUACUCGGCCAUCAUGCAGCGGGAGCAGCGCAUACCAGGAUGA